UCGACUGUACCAACUGACAAAAUUCUACAGGGACAGACUCAAACAAGCGAUUGAAGAAAAGGUUGAAAGACUCGGUUGGAUGUUGACAAAGGGGGGACAUUUCAGUAGAGAAGAAAAUGAGAAAGUCACUGAACUGACAGAGAGGGGAAAUCGGACAGAGAGUUCCAGACUCUUCCUCAGUUUGGUGAUGGGUAAAGGCUCCCGGGCCCGGAGGGCGAUGUGGGAAUGCUUUCUGACAUGGAGGACUGAGUUACCAAAGUUGGACAGAAUACUGAAGGAAGUACAGGAACUCGGACCUGAUCCACAAGAAUACAUGAACAUCGACCAAGGGUUAUCUGAGUUACCCCCUCAUCUGAUAGACGUUCAACAGAAACACAAGGAGAUUCUGCGGGCACAAACUGAAACACUGAGGGUCAACACUAUCCUGAUGAGGGAGAAGGUGAAGGUUUUCCAGCUGGUUGAUCGAUACGCUGAGCUCACGGUCAUUUCUACUUUUCGAGAUCGGAGGCUGGUGGAACAUGAGCUGCUGGCAAGAGGCAGACAGCAUGAACAAUUGAGAGAGAAACAUCUCCGUAGAAAGCUGGAAAAAAUCCGGACUGAUCAGUUGUUCCAGAGUAGCCUUUCCCGGAGUAAAUCCAAAUCUGGGAGUUCGGCAGCUGUAGCCGGAGUCCCAGGGAUCGGGAAAACAACAAUGGUACAAAAGAUUGUUUAUGACUGGGCCACGGGGAAAAUAUACCAACAGUUCCAGUUUGUCUUCAGUUUCAGAUUCCGCGAUUUAAACAGGAUUAAUUGUCGAAUAAACCUGAAGGAACUGAUUCUGGAUCAGUAUCCUUACUUUGGGAAUAUCCUGAGAGAGGUCUGGAAGAACCCAGAGGGAUUGCUGUUUAUAUUCGAUGGUUUGGAUGAAUUCAAUGACAAAAUUGAUUUUGCUGACAGUUUGAGAGACUCAGAAACUCAGGACUCAUGCACAGAUCCUGAAUUCAAGUGUAAGGUGUCGGACAUUGUAUACAGUUUAAUCCAGGGCAAGCUGCUCCCAGGGUGUUCAGUGCUGGUGACCACCCGUCCCACUGCGUUACAUUUAUUGGAAAAGGCAGAGAUCAGUGUCUGGGCUGAAAUCCUGGGAUUUGUUAGUGAAGAACAGAAGGAGUAUUUUUAUAGGCAUUUUGAAGAUCAGACGGUGGCAGAAGCUGUUUUCAAACACGUGAAGGAGAACGAGAUCCUGUACACCAUGAGCUACAACCCCUCCUACUGCUGGAUCCUCGCUCUGGCACUGGGCCCCUUCUUCACACAAAGAGUCAGGGACCCGCAGCGAGUUCCCAAGACCAUCACCCAACUGUAUUCCUACUAUAUUUACAACAUCCUGAAAAACCACGGCCGUCAGAUUGAGAACCCCCGUGAUGUGUUACUCAGGGUUGGUCAAAUGGCCUUCAGAGGAGUGUCCGAUAAGAAGAUUGUAUUUACAGAUGGAGAUUUGAUCAAGUUCAAUCUGCAGCCUUCCCAGUUCCUGUCCGGGUUCCUGAUGGAGCUUUUGGAGAGAGAGGAUUCUGCACGGUGUGUGGUGUACACAUUCCCACACCUCACCAUCCAAGAGUUUGUAGCUGCAGUCGUACAAUUCCUGAUCCCAGAUGGUAGAGAUAUUAUGAAACUCCUCACUGAAGCCCACAGCACGACAGAUGGGCGAUUUGAGGUAUUUCUCCGUUUUGUUGCUGGUCUCUCCAACCCAAUGACAGCUCGGGGCCUGGAGGAGUUUCUGGGUCCAUUUCCUCAUCAAACAACCUGCCGGGUGAUUGACUGGGUGAAGGAGGAGGUUAAACGCCGGAGUGGAAACACGUGGAGUGAAGCUGGUAAAAGGAGCCUCCUGAACACAUUGCACUACCUGUUUGAGUCUCAGAAUCGUGGACUGGCUCAGGCCGCACUGGGAUCCGUGGAAGUACUUUCAUUCGGUUACAUACCACUGACCCCGAUUGACCUCGCGGUCCUGUCUCAUGUCAUCGGACUCUGUGAUACAAUAAAACACCUCGACCUGGCUGGCUGCCACAUUCAGUGUGCAGGAAUCCAGAGGCUGGGGCCCGGGCUGCACAACUGUCAGGAGUUGAGACUUGGGGAGAAUGAACUGGGAGAUUCAGGAGUGAAACUGCUGUCUGCGGCUCUGAGGAACCCGGAGUGUAAAAUACAGAAAAUGGGUCUGGACAGUGUCAGUCUCACAGAUUCUGGUGCCGAGGAUCUCGCCUCCGCUCUCUGUACAAACCGAUCACUGACGGGGUUAAACCUGGGGGAAAAUAAUCUGGGAGAUUCAGGAGUGAAACUGGUGUCUACGGCUCUCAGGAACCCGGAGUGUAAAAUACAGACACUGUGGCUGUACGAUGUCGGUCUCACAGAUUCUGGUACCGAGGAUCUCGUCUCCGCUCUCAGUACAAAACCAUCACUGACGGAGCUGAGCCUGAGUGAGAACUCACUGACAGACCGAUCUGUCCCCGCUCUCCGCCGCCUCAUACUGACCCUCCCGAGUCUGGAGCGUAUCGAGCUGUACGAUAAUCGUUUCAGUGAGACCGGGAUGAAGGAACUGAGAUCUCUGCAGGAACCCAGACCCGGACUGAUAGUGAUCCCGUGAACAUCUGAAUGUGUGAACAUCCCCGCCCGCGGGAUGGGGACAUUUUGGCCGAUUCCCCGCAGUCCCCUUUAAUUCCCGCCCUUACCUUUAAUGGCCACGCGCCAGAUUUAAUUCCCAACCGUUCCAACACAACUGACUCCAGUCUCGCUCUCUGUGACAUCUGAAGCUGCUUCUGCCGGCUGACCGUUUUCGAGAGCUCCCCCAAGUGGGACACCGUGCCCCGGGGUGGGAUUAUCCCGGGAGAGAAUCCUUUUGAUCCCUUUGCUGAGGACGGUGCAUUCGGCAAUCUGUACAAUAUACUGAUGUUAAAUUGACAAUUACCUUGCCAGCGACCCUGGAUCUGUCCCUAUCUUCGACACGGCCCUGAUGUGUGAUAUUAUAAUCUUCGUUUCCCAAUGCAGAGUGACGGUGAGAAACAGGACGGAUUAUUCAACCUGUCACCCGUUGUCGCCGGUCAGUUAAUUGUGUGUGACUGUGAGUGAGUCCGGUGCUGCUUAUUUAUUCCCGCACGUCAGCAGCUCACACAUUGUUUAAUUUACAUUUGUCAUGAUGAAAUCAAUAAACCGUUGUAACUUCCUGUCUUGGUGUCGGACUUGAGUUUUAUUUGAGGUUUCUGCUGCCCCCCGCACCCUGUGCACUGCAACAGUGGGUCGGAGCUCCUCACACUGACACAGCAGCGUCUCAGCUCCAGGCUGAGGGAGGUCGGACUGGCAGAGUCUGGGUGCCCAGGAUCUCAUCUCCACCCAACCCCCUUCCUGGAUAACUGUCCCC